UUUCGCUGGUGCUUCCGCACAACAGGUCAGCUGAUUGACACGGCACGCGGAAACUGUAAAGUCAAUUGGAAAGCGCCAGUAGAUCUCAAAAGUAGCCGGGCUACAUCCACAAAACACCACAAUGUAUUAAUGUUGACAGCAGCGGGUUCCUUACGUGAGCAGGACUUUGGAUAUUAACUCAGAUAGCGUAUCUUAAAAAACACCGUCACCGAGCUCGAGCUGUCAGCCUCAGGAGAAAGUUAUGGCACAUAACGAGUCGUUGGUCGCUUUGAAUGGAACUCAAAUUUCCUACAUCGGACAUGACUGCAAGGACAUUCCAGACUUCCUUGGAGACACAUAUGGCCAGUUUGCAAGAAGGCUGGAUCUAAGCUUCAAUCUGCUCAGGUCACUGGCGGGCCUCAAAAUGUUCAUUGAGCUGGAAGAGCUGGUCGUUGACAACAAUCUGCUUGGAAACGACCUCCGGUUGCCCAGGUUACCCAACCUCCACACCCUAACACUCAAUAAGAACCACCUGACUGAUAUCGAGGCUCUGCUGGAACACUUGGCUGAUGUGACCCCGUCACUGGAGUACCUAAGCCUGCUGGGAAAUGAGGCCUGCCCCAACCAGCUGGUCAGCCCGGAUAAGGAUGAGGAUGACUACCAGAGAUACAGGUACUUUGUUCUGCACAAGUUGCCCCAGCUGAAAUUUCUGGACACGAGGAAAGUGACCAAAAAAGAAGUGAUGGAGGCGCAGGCAAGAGGAGCAUUCAUGAAAGUGGUCAAACCCAAGUCAGAAGCACCAACUAAUGAGGCUGGAUCUGAGAGUCACCCACUGCCCUACACUCCUCUACCCCAAGGAUCCAGAGAUGCCAAGAACCACAAAGGAGUAUUCGCCAAGUGUCGCUACAUCUACUAUGGCAAGCACUCAGAAGGCAACAGAUUCAUCCGAAACGACCAACUCUGAUGGACAGCUGGUCAGGCACAAAGAGGGACAUGAGUGACAAGGAAUAUUAUCAGAACGAAAGAGGAUCAAAUCAAUCUCUCUUCAUUAAAAGCACUUGUGAUAUUUGAGUCACCUAAUCUCCAACUGGAAAAAUAUUCAAACUUCAUCAAAAGAUUUUGUUAUGUAAGGCGAAUGUUGUUUUUUAAGGUCGUAUCCCAGCCCCAUAGUUACGGCCUCCUAUGCUGAGCUGGGUCUGCUUUUGCCUCCCUGCUUCCAGCUCAGAGUCAGAGAUGACACUCCCACUGACAUGAUUACCUCUAAGCAUCAGCAACCUCACAAUUCCAGACACACACACACAAAACACACACACACACACACACACACACAAACAAGGACAGUCUCUUUCUCUCUCUUUUAGCCAAUUGCAUCCUUUUCUUUGACAGCCAUGAUGGAUCACCCGUCCACUACUGCCACUAAUCAAGGGUGAAAGGGGUGACGGUCACACACCUGGGGCCUGACAUGGACUCAUCUCUCUCAUUCUCUCUUUUACACACACACACACACACACACACACACACACACACACACACACACACACACACACACAUACCUGCUGUUUAAAACAUAAGACAUUGCAAAGAGUUUGACAGAACAAGGUUUAUACAGCCUGGUUAAACAUCCCUAAGCUUUUUAGUCCAAACUUGAUCCAUGAUCAGUGUAUCUUGUUGUCUGUUAGCUGAGCAAUGAUUCGGUCCGUUUCUGUUUCAAGUCUGUAUAUGUUAGCACAUGUGUAAAGAUUUAUCAAAUGCAGCUUUUAAUGUCAAAAACAUUCCAAUACCAGCUUUAAUAAAGGACAAAGUUGUAACCAAGUAUGCAUUCCAUGUAUAUCGUUAUGGGAAAAGGUGUCAUUUUCUCAUGUUGUUUUGCAUUUUUCUGCCAUUGUGUCUUCAACCAGUUAACUACAUCAUACUGAAAUAGUCCCUUCAUUAAUUGGCAUUGUUUUGUGAUGCAUUGCAAACAAAGUAAUAAUAUUUAGAAAAUUGCAUCUAAUGGAAUAUUGUCUCAACAGUUUUAGUGUUGAAAUGCAUGUUUUUUUUUUAUUUUGUUUUUACAUUUGAUAAUACUUUUAUGAUCACUGUGGUUUUACAGUAAUUUGUUUAUUAUGAUUUUUAAUACCUUAUCACAUCAACAACAACCACACAAGAUAAAAUGCUGCCAUCUUUUAGCAUCAUAUUUAAAGUUGUCCAGGCAACCUUCCAAUCUAAAUUUUUGACAUGAAUAAUGGGAUGUAUUUGAUCUGAUAUAAAAUUGUAUUAGCGGGAUGACUUCAAUUGAUUAAAAUGGUUCAACUAA